UGCUGCCGGGAGGCGGAAGCGGCCGCAGGUAUGGCGGCGGCCAUGCCGCUCGCUUUGCUUUUGCUGCUGCUGGUGGGACCGGGCUGCUGGGGCCACGCAGAACACCCACGCGACAGCCUGAGAGAGGAGCUUGUUAUCACUCCGCUGCCUUCCGGCGACGUGGCCGCCACAUUCCAGUUCCGUACGCGUUGGGAUUCGGAUCUGCAGCGGGAAGGAGUGUCUCAUUACAGGCUCUUCCCCAAAGCCCUGGGGCAGUUGAUCUCCAAGUAUUCUCUGCGGGAGCUACACCUGUCGUUCACGCAAGGCUUUUGGAGGACCCGAUUCUGGGGGCCACCCAUCCUUCAGGCUCCAUCAGGUGCAGAGCUCUGGGUCUGGUUCCAAGACACUGUCACAGAUGUGGAUAAAUCUUGGAAGGAGCUCAGCAAUGUCCUCUCGGGGAUCUUCUGCGCAUCCCUCAACUUCAUCGACUCUACCAAUACUGUCACUCCCACUGCCUCCUUCAAACCUCUGGGACUGGCCAAUGACACCGAUCACUACUUCCUACGCUAUGCUGUGCUACCUCGGGAGGUUGUCUGCACCGAGAACCUCACCCCAUGGAAGAAGCUCUUGCCUUGUAGUUCUAAGGCAGGUCUCUCCGUGCUAUUGAAGGCAGAUCGCUUGUUCCACACCAGUUACCACUCCCAGGCGGUGCAUAUCCGUCCUAUCUGCAGAAAUGCUCAUUGCACCAGCAUCUCCUGGGAGCUGAGGCAGACCCUUUCGGUUGUAUUUGAUGCCUUCAUCACGGGACAAGGGAAGAAAGACUGGUCCCUCUUCCGCAUGUUCUCCCGGACACUCACAGAGGCCUGCCCACUGGCAUCGCAGAGCCUGGUUUACGUGGACAUCACAGGCUACAGCCAGGACAAUGGAACACUGGAGGUGAGCCCUGCUCCCAGCUCCACAUACCAGGAUGUCAUCUUGGGCACGCGGAAGACCUAUGCUGUCUAUGACUUGUUUGACACAGCCAUGAUCAAUAACUCCCGCAACCUCAACAUCCAGCUCAAAUGGAAGAGACCUCCAGAUAAUGCAGAGGCCCUGCCCGUGCCCUUCCUGCACGCGCAGCGGUAUGUGAGUGGCUACGGUCUGCAGAAGGGAGAGCUGAGCACACUGCUGUACAACUCCCAUCCUUACCGGGCCUUCCCCGUGCUGCUGCUGGAUGCCGUGCCCUGGUACCUGCGGCUGUAUGUGCACACCCUCACCAUUACCUCCAAGGGCAAGGAGAACAAACCAAGUUACAUCCACUACCAACCCGCCCAGGACCGGCAGCAGCCCCACCUCCUGGAGAUGCUGAUUCAGCUGCCAGCCAACUCCGUCACCAAGGUCUCCAUCCAGUUUGAGCGGGCCCUGCUCAAGUGGACCGAGUACACACCAGACCCCAACCAUGGCUUCUAUGUCAGCCCCUCUGUCCUCAGCGCUCUGGUGCCCAGUGUGGUGGCAGCCAAACCAGUGGACUGGGAAGGGAGUCCUCUCUUCAACACCUUGUUCCCAGUGUCUGAUGGCUCCAGCUACUUUGUGCGACUCUACACAGAGCCCUUGCUAGUAAACCUGCCUACACCUGACUUCAGCAUGCCCUACAAUGUGAUCUGCCUUACAUGCACUGUGGUGGCCGUGUGCUAUGGCUCCUUCUAUAAUCUUCUCACCCGAACCUUCCACAUUGAGGAGCCCAAAUCGGGUGGCCUGGCCAAGAGACUGGCUAACCUCAUCAGGCGUGCCCGUGGUGUCCCCCCUCUCUAACACUCCUCUUUAGCAGCUACAGCUGCAUCCCCUACCCACUCACCCCUGUCCAAGGGAGCAGGGACGGGACUUUUCCUGCCACUCCUCUGUCCCCAGAGUUAGCUUUUGAAGCAAACUCCCGCUGGGCCUGCCCGGGGUCAGAACUGUGGUGUCCGGUAUGGUGGCCUCAAGCAGACGUAGUGUGGGGAUUCAUGUUUCCCUUCUUCGCCUGCAGCAGCCACACUUGUGCCCCGCAGUGGCUGGCACUGCUGCACCCUGGACAGCCUGGCGACGUUCCUGUCAUUGCAGGGUGUCUGAUGGCUCAGGUAAUGGAAUGCACCAGAGCUCGUGGUCCUGUGUGGUGGGUCUAGAUUGCCGUGGUAAUAAAAUGGCUGCCUU